AUGACACAGCAGUCGAUGUUGCCAGAGCUUGAGAAUGAUGACGCGUGCGGUUUUGGUGACCAUGAUGCCGCAGCAGCGAUCUUCGUUGCCGGGGGCAAUGGCUUCCUCAUCAAAUCAUCGUCUUCACAGAUUUCCACUACGCUCAGCUUGCAGCGAUUAGCCAGAAUCAACAACACCAUGAAGAUUACAGAAACUCGAGUCGCAGCCCGUGGGGCAAUUGUCCUCAACACAUUGUCGGCAAAAGCACAAAACAUGUCUUACGGAGCUGAUAACUUUUACAUUAGCAACAGUGCGACUGUUUGGCCAAACUCUUUCCAAACCCAGUACCGCACCAAGGUGGCAGGCAAUCUCUUCCUCCCCAACAGCCUCGAUCGCAGCGAGAACAACUCGGCCACCAUUGUGGGACACCCCAUUGGCGCCGUCACGCGCAAUGGGCUGCGACAAUCGCAGAGCGUUUCUCGGCGCAAGGAGAUUAUUCCACGACCUUUAUCGCACCUCACGUGGUGUUUUUACGCCGGCGAGCUCCUCGCCAAAUCUCGCGACACAUCCAACCCUCUCGACCAACUCCAAGUUUAUGAACUUUUAUCCGUUUAA